AGCAAUUUAAAUGUCCAGGGGUUUAUUGGGCAUUUUGCGCCCCAUGGUGCUGAUCUCGUAACAGCUGUCCAAUGACCGAAAUCGCCAUCAACCCCAGGAAUGCAUGCCAGUACUGCAAGGGCAGUGCCGAGGUGACGGUCGAUGCCUCGCAGGGCUGUGUGAUUUGUACAGGCUGUGGCCUCGUGCUCGAGGACCACUGCUUCGAUGACGGGCGUGAGUGGCGGGUCUUCGCCGCUGACGGCGUCGACUCCCAGGCUCCUGCCCGCGAGCGUGCGGAUGCGACCACCGGCAUUGACGAGCUCACCGGCGAGGUGGGUGGCACGACUUUGAUGGGGGCAGGCCCUGCGGUGAUGCGAAUGCAGACGCUGACUCGGCGUGCGCAAAACGCCAACGCGCCGGAGCUGACCGAGCAGCAAAAGCAAGAGAAGCAGAUCCAGCAGUAUACGGAUAAGGCGCGGGAGGUGGCCCAACGGUUGAACCUGGGCGAGGAAGUCGUCAACCGCUGCACAACACUGAUGCAGGAGUUGGCGGAGAAGAACAAGCUGAAGUCUCACAUGAAGGUGCCCUUCUUCUGCGCCCUGGUGGAGAUGGCAUGUCGGGAGGAGGGAAUCACCAAGACGGUGCACGACCUCGCGCAGGCCAACAGCGGCGCAUUCGCCAUGAAAGCCGAGGUGGAGCUCCUGCAGGUGCAGCCGCUGGAGGGCCGAGCCCUGCGGGCCAACUUCAAAGCUCCACAGGCCACCAAGGUCCUGGCAAAGUCCCUGGCCUUUGACGGCGUGCAGGUGACACUAGCACCCUUGCAGCGACUGCCUGGCAGCAAUGAGGCCACUUGUAUGGUCACCUGGCAAGGUGCCAGAGAGGCUCAUGCGGGCCAGAUUGAGGAGCACCUGCGAAAGCAAGUGGACGAGCUGAACCAGGCCAAGCAUGAGGAGAAGAUCGCCAAGAAUAUCGCCAAGCAGAGUCAGCUGCUUUGCAUCGACUUGGGUCGUACGCGCACUCGCAUCAGCUCCGUUGAGGAGGAUCUGGCCAAGCGCUAUGUGGCCCGUUUGGGUCUUGCGGCGCAGGUGGUGGCACCCGCAAUGCACAUCGCCAAUCAAGCCUUGCAGCACGACUUCGUGAAGCAGGGCAAGGGGUUGCUGGAGCACUCCCUGGCUGCGGCGGCCAUGGCCAGUGCCAUCUUCAUCGUGGCCUGGCUGCUGGAUGCGGAGAUCAAGCCCAGGCUGGCAGAUGUGGCCACGGUGGUGAAAGUCAGCGAGGGCUCCGUGCAGACGGCCUACCGGCAAAUGCGCGAGCAGAUUCGAAAACUGCUGCCGAAGGGCUUCGUGAUCCAGCACAAGCUGGGCGUGGAGGGCUUGCCGAAACUUGAGGAGAAGACCCGGAAGCGCUCCGCCGACUUGAUGUGACGUGGAGUUGUAGCAGCAGACCUGCGAGUGGGCCUGGGAGCAUGGGGGUGCCAAGCACUCCACCUAGCCCGGUUUUGCGGCGGACAGCUGAAGGGCCUUGCGGGGUGAACUUGUGCAGAGCCCCCCUUUGGUCUGUCCCAACAGCAGCUGGUUCGGGA